CGUAGCGCCGGUAAGCGCAGUCACGAGUUGUGAGCGGACGAGCACGGAUAAAAUAUGCUAAAAUAGUAAAGCGCAGUGAACAAAAGAAGCCACAACAAAUGCAAUUAAGUGGGUAGUGAGAAAUAAAAAAAGGACUGUAUAAAAAUAGUGUGAGUGAAUGAGUGGGCGUUAGUGGCCAGUGCAUUUAUUCAGCAUUAAGGGCUGAGCAGCCGGAUGCAGAAGAGCGUGACGAAACAUAAUUAAAAUGGCGCUGACCAAAGCCGAUUAAAUAGCGGCUCUUGAUAAAGUCGUGUAAAAAUUAAAGUGUUGAAGAAGAAAGUUUUUAAAUGCAGUAAAAUAAUAAAUGACAAUUAAAUUUAAUGCGUGAUAGCACACUCAAGCUUGUUAGCGCGUGACUCAGACAAUCCAAUUUGAUUGGAAAUAAGACACGGUUUCUCAAAAUAAUUUAACUUCGAAGUUGCUCAAAUCUAACUGUUAAAAUAGUAUGUUCUUUCGACGCAUGUUUGCGCGUAAGGAGAACAGUGGUAGCGGCAGCAACACCGCAUACGAUUACGAUGAUGAGGACGAAGUGAACGCAAACAACAACACCCACGAACGUGAUGACGUUGGAACCUUAGGAGGCGCAAAAGCACGUGGUAAGCAGCACAACAACAGCAACGGCAAUGGCACACUUAGUAAUGGUAGUGGCAACACCAGCAGUAGCGACUAUGAACUGCAACAACGGCGAAAUGGACUUCGAAAAUAUGCUACUGCGACAGCACCCUCAGGUGCAACCAAGCACUGUGGUUCCGCCAGCACGCUACAUCGCGCCGCCACCUCUGGACCAGCCAAUGUGCAACUGACACCUUUGUGGGAAUACAUAUUGCGUACGCGUACACUACCCGACAAUGUUUAUCCCAACAAAAUUUUCGGUGAAUUUCUCGAGCGUCUACGCGAUCCGGAGUGGCAGGUGCGUCAGCAUGCCUUACGCGUCUUCGUCGAUGUAUUAGUGGUAAUGCGCGCGGAAGCAGACGCGUAUAUGGAUCCGUUGAUACCACGUUUGGUGGAGAAUUUGGGGCAUCAGGCGCCUACCGUGAGGAAAGGCGCACUAGACUGUCUACGCGUGUAUCUCGCCGAAACAGCGAUGCCCGAAACGAUAUUGCUACAGAUACUCGAUAUCGGACUAAACCAGAAGAUCACAAAUGAACCGUUUGGUGGACGCUUAACAUGCGGUGUUAUGCUAUCCUUACCAGCGCUGGUUCAAUCGACGCUGCACACCGGCAAGCGGCACUACAUACUACGGACGGCUGUAGAGAUGUUGGUGCAGAAGAUGGGUCAGGUGACGCAUCAGGAGAUUACAUUGAAAGUGCUUUCAAAAUUACAAGAAUUAGUUGGUGAGGAAGAGUUUCGGGAGUAUAUGUCAAAGAGUGCUUAUAGAGAGUUCAAUUUAUUAUGUAAUGUCUAUGGCGUGGGAGCAAAAAUGGCUAAUGGUGCGAAUAGGCAUGGUAGUGGACAUGCUAACCAAGCUUAUGCCAACAAUGCUACUGGUACAUGGCAUCUGCUUUCCAAGCAGUCUGGACCCAGCUGUUGGCGUUCCUCAGACGAAGAACAAAUGCUCGAGGAAGCAGCUAAGGGUAAAGUUAUAAUGGAGACUGAGAUCAAGAUCAAUGAUGACACAUUAACAAUGCGUAUACUGGAGGCGAAGGACGAUGAUUUCGAUACAGAAGCCGAUACGGACUCGAGUCCACGCAAAUCUCUAGACACCUAUCCAAAUAGUUUAGAAGAUGAAGUUGUAUGCGGUCGUUUGCCAAGUGCAACACACGACUCAACGCAUGCGCUUAGCGCAGUCGUACGUUUGUUCAGCGAUUCUGAGCUGGACUUGGAGGAAGAUUCGAAUGGUUUAGUGCAACAGGCGCACCAGCGCAACAACCCCGAAUAUUAUACAGUAGUAACGCCGUCGACGCCGUCACGCACACCGAAACGCGUUACCUUCGGUGGUGAGGUGGUUAAGAUGCGCACACCAGACAGCGAUGCCAACAAUUCCAAUAACAUAAACAACAAUGAGCACGCUACUGCUGUGAAUCAAACGCACACACUUUUCGCCACAAAGAACGGUACACAGAAUGCCAUUGACGCCGGUGGAGGUGGUAGUAGUGACAGUAGUGAAACUGUGCAACGCACCAUAACAACAACUACUACAACAACUGAAAUAACAAUCAUUAGCACACCAUCUACCUCCGCCGCGAGCAGUCCAGUGCCCGAUGAGGGCUACAAGACCAUGGCACUCAGUGUGGAAAUCACCAACGAUAAUACUAAACCGCUGCCGCCAGCAGCGCCCUCACCCAUAACGCGUCCGAGAACAGCAGCGUCUCCACGGCGUUCCCAAACGCCAAACAACACAACAGAUGGCGCUGCCACAUACGCCGCAAGCAACGCAAGCACUUCAACCUCAACGACCACAACAAACUCACAGUCACCACCAAAACGACAAGACUCGUUCGGCAGUGCCGGCACUAGUGCCACCUUAUCGCCACACUCGCCAUUCAAGCGACUCAGCAUUAGUCCCGUAGACAGCAUUAUUAGCCCCAAGGCGCCACACAAACCCAUUGAGGUGAUGCAUAACUUGCAACGUGAUCCAUCGCCCGUGCGUGCACGCAGCGCACGACGCGCCGAGUCGAUAAAGAACAUAGCACAGGCUGCUGGUGAGGUGGAUGCCAAUUCGUUGGCUAAGUCCACAUCAGCGCCACGUACACAGACACCUUCGCCGCUGCCGCCAAAGACGUGGGAGGAGUUGGACAUUGUCGAUUAUGACACAUUAUUGGAUUUGCGUUCAGGGAGCUGGCAUCAUCGCUUGCAGGGCGUCGCCCAACUCGAAGAAGCUCUACGCAACUCCGACACAUUGGCACAGGUGCAACCAUGUUUGGAUAGUUUACUGCGCACUUUGCUCUCCUCCGAACGAAAUUCCGAUGUGGCGGAAGCCAAGAAGCAGCUACUAAUCAAUCUCAUAACACGUUUGCCACUGGACAACUUGGAGGAUCGUACAACACAAAUAAUGACCGGCCUAUGUCGCCAGGGUGGCGCUGGCGCUAAUCGCGUAUGCAAAGCGUUGAUGCAUCGCUUGCCGGCGGCAUCGAUUGUACUUAAAUUGCUGUCGCAAGAAUUUUUACAUGCAAAGAGCUCAAGGUUCCGCGAACACGCGCUUCAAAUGGUUAUGUACGCACUUACGACCUUUCCCAGCACCUGUUUCGACACGAAAACCUGCGUCACUCAGGCCAGUUAUGCCGCCUUGAAUCGCAAACGACGCGUACGUCAAGCUGCACUGGAUGUGCUGGCCAUUUUGGGACAAAUAACCAACGGACGUGCUGUACUUGAUGUGGUGCAGGACAUAGCCGCCGAGCGCGAUGAUGGCCCAGCGCUGCUUUCGGCUGUGCGCACGCGCCUCUCGCGCAAGCAAAUGCCGAUUAUCGGUGCCGAUGGACAAGUGCAAUAUGCACUGCGUGUACCCUCGCCACAUUCAGUGGAGGCAGCGGUGGCGGCAAACGGCGAAAUGGGUGCUGAUAUUGAGUGGAUAGUGGCGGGUGUGGGCUCAGUUUCACCGGGUUCCUUAAAGCGCAGAGGUUCGCGGCGCAGCUUUCGCUGUUUGCCAACACACACCAUUUCGGAUGUGGAUGGUAUUGCCAUGGGAACACCGUGUGGGAGCUUUCGUAUGAGUGAUGGCGAUGUUAAACGAAGACAUGCAUUUCAAUCACCACCCGAUAUUUAUGGCAAUUUUCGGGACUCAUCAUCUAGCAAUAAUAACGACUUGCAUUCGCACAAUUUCCAACACAUCCUCGGCAGCAAUUUGCCAGUGCAAUAUGGCCAAACUACCAAGAAAACAGCAAAUGCCGAUUACAGCAAUUACAUGAGCCGACGUCUGGUGGCCAAAUCCUGCUCGGACUCCUCCAUGGAAGGCAGGAGCUCUGAUAGCAACUACACCAGCAGCAGCGGUGGCGGUGGCAGUGGCACUGGCAUCGGCGACCGUGCUGCCGUCAAGUCGAACGGUGGUGGUGUUGGUGUUGGUAAUGCAGCGGCCAACGACAGCUGCACGGGCAUUAGCGGCCGAUUCACACGCCAAGCGGUGAACUCACGGUUCCCAGCCAUGGAGCGCAUGGAUAUGAACAACUCGUACAAGCGCGUUCAUAAGCCGCCACCCACGUACAUGAGCGGCAUGGGUGCUUAUGCGCAACUACAGCAGCAGCAAAUCAAUAUGAGUUCAACGUAUCCGAAAAUCAACUAUGUAACCGCACAACAACAACAACAACAACAGCAGCACCAACCACAGCAACGUAAGAGAUCCCAGCAACAGCAUCAGCGUCACGCGCAGCAGUCGACGCUGGCACAGCCAGUUGUGGUGGGCACGCGCGCAAAGCCGACGGUGCGGGGUGGUGGUGGCGGCGUUUAUGCUCCAGAUAAUUUCCGUUCUAACGAAAAUUCUCCAAAGGAGCAUAACAACAACAACAACAACAGCAACAAUCUAACACCCAAUAACAAUAACAACGCGAAUACAGAUUUGGACGGCACCUACACGAUUUACACAGCCAUAGACAAUGGCGGCGGCACGCCUACGGCACUGGCAAAUCAGCAACAACAAAAACAACAACAACAACACAUAAAUUUACUUGCAGCAAACGGUCGUCGUUUCGUGAAUGUGGAAAAGUUUGUGAUGCAAAGCAACAGGCCUGGGCCAUUGGAUGGAGAAGCGGCUGUGAUUGCGGCGACUGCAAUUGCGGACAUGCAACAACAGCAAAGUAACGGAUCGAAACAAGCCACACCAGUUUCGCAUAAAUCAGUAACAUAUUCCCUGAAGUCAACUGCUUCAGCGCAAUCAGCUGAUAUUCAAAACAACACAAACGGUACAUACGAAGAGCAGCGACGCGACAACAACGUCACGCCAAAUCCCAAUACGGAUAAGGAGGAUACAACUGAUAACAGUUCAACCAUACAAAUGGGUGCCUUGCAAGACGCCUGUAGUGAUAAUGAAACGAGCAGUCCGACACCAGUGAAAUGGCGUAGCGAUCACGAUGUUUUGCAAUUGGAUGAUGUGCAAGAUAUAAGCAAUGCCAGUGCGGCAGCGAGCAGUACACCGUUAAAGAAGAAUGGCAGCUUGGCAAGCUUACAUAGCAAAAGCGAGAGCAUUAAAACACAAAUCGGCGAUACGCCGCCAACGCUCUCUCGCACACAAUCUGCGAAGUCCUUAUUAAUUGAGGAAGACAUCGAAGAUAACAGCAGUUUUGUGGUGAUGGAUGAGCGGCAUAGCGAACGGCAAGGUAGCGGCCUACGCGAGCAGACGCGUGUAGCAAGUGCCAGCAGUAAAGAAUAUGCGCCGCAUGCGUAUGUAGAUGAGACGGACCAUUUGUGUAGCAAAAAUGUCCAUGUACCAACACAACCGCAAACACCGGUGCGCUCGCGGCCACAGUCUCGUUCGCGUUCACCCACCAUCGCUGAGAUUAAAAUGCUCUCGCGACGCAAUUCGAUGAUCAAGUCUAUGGAAUCGCUGUACGAACGCCCACCAUCAAAGCCGGAGCUCAUAUUCGAUCAGACCAGCACCGAGUCGUGCUCUGCGACCAGCUCACAGCUCAAUACAACCAUACCAAUUAAACCGCAACAUACACCGUUAAAGCAAAAGGCGAAAACUUCACAUUUUCUGAAAAAUCACAGACGAGUUUCACCGGUAAAACAAGCAAUUAAAAUGCCACAAGCUGAACUCUAUCCACCAACAUUGCAACGUUUCGACAAGCCGCGCGACGCUUUACUUAAAACCUUCGAUCAACUGGACUCCAGUAAUUGGGAGAUCAUUGUGCUGGGCCUCAAAUCAAUGGUGCGCUUAAUGCGCUAUCACGCGGAACAAUUGGAUAAUCAAAUGCAUAUGGUAUGCAUACAAUUAACGCGUUCGGUACGUAAUUUACGUUCGCAAGUAUCACGUGCCGCAUGUCAGGCCACCAACGAACUCUUCACACUCAAAUCGAAAUGUCUGGAACAGGAGUGUGAUGAUUUGGUCUGUGCACUGCUACAUCGUACCGCUGAUACAAAUCGUUUUCUGCGCGCCGACGCGACACGUGCCCUAGAAUCAAUGUGCGAUAACUUAACACCACCAAAAAUCUUAAAUAUACUCACCACAAAGGGUGCGCUGCAUCAGAAUGCAUUGGUGCGCACAACUGCGGCAAAACUUUUACAUCGGCUGGUUGAGCGUCUGGGCAGCGAUAAGGUUUACGCGAUGUCACGUGAAAAUCGUGACAAAUUUUUUGUGACGAGCGCAAAUUUACUGCUUGAGGGUAGUCUGGAAACGCGCAGCUAUGCUAAAUCAAUAUUUAGACUGCUCUCCAAUCACCCCAACUACAAUCGUUUACUUAUUGAGGUGAUUCCGGCGCGUACAUAUCGCAAUGUGGAAAAAACGCUGAAAAGUAUACAUUAAAAACUGUUUCCGACUACAAAUAAAUUAUAAAAAUAUUUACUUAGUAAAUGCAACGAUAUUUGUACAUAAAAGUAUAUUUAAUGUGAUUCACUCGAAUGUUUUUAAAUACGAAUUGCUCUGUCACAAUAGGGUAGUUAUAUUUUAAUAAAAUUAUAAUUACACAUUUA